AGCCAUUCCUUUUUGCUUUCUCAUUUUUAACUUGUUGUUUCUGCAUUUUUGUGCUCUCUAUAUAUUUAAAGUUAGCAAAUUCUUUUAGGACGAAUCUACCCUUUUCAGGGGGAGACAAUGAUUUUAACAAAGCAAUAUCGUUGCAUACACUCAUCAAGCUGUCGAUGCACAAAAGGGCAUCUAAGUGAAGAUGUGAUUUUUUUAGUGUUUCAACAACUAAACUGGAACCCAAAAAUGAUUGCUACUCUGUCAUGUGUAUGCAAAUGGUUUGAUGAUCUAGCCAAGCGAGUUCUGUGGAAAGAGUUUUGCAGGGGAAGGGCUCCAAAAAUGAUGCUUGAUCUACAAUCCAGUGGAAGUCACAGUGUUGAUGGGAAUUGGAGAGCUCUAGGAAAGUUGCUUAUUUACUGCUCAGGAUGUACCAAGGGCGGCCUGUUCAAUAGCAUUCAUAUCCCAGGUCAUUUUGUUCAUAGAACGCGGUUUUCUAGAACUUCAGGGAAGAGCUUUCUUUUGCCACAAUGCAGAACAGAUAUUUUGUAUGUUUCUGACCCAUGUGAACAUCUUGACCAAGGGGACGAAGGGGAUGUUGGAUUUUUUCGUGGAGUUUUCAAAUCAUUCUCUAUGUCAAAGGUUAGGAAAAUGCUAAUUAAAAGAAGAGCUCAGCUUCAUCCUACAGAAGUAUGCCCUUAUUGUAAGGCAAAGUUGUGGAGCAUGCUGCAAGCAAAAAUGAUACCACAGAGUGCUAGUUGCAGGCUGGGUUCCUAUGAGGAUUGUGUUGAAUAUUAUGUUUGCCUCAAUGGGCAUGUGCUUGGAAUCUGCACCCUUUUACCCUUGUCUGAUUCGGAAGGGGCAUCUGAGUUGGAGUGAUAAUUAGCACAGGAAUCAGUUUACAUCUACAUAUUCCAUAUGUUGAUGAAUCAACCAAAUGUGAACAAGAUGUGAUUUGCUGUCUGGAGCUUUAUCACGCUGAAGCUGAAAUCAUAUCAUCUGAACUUUCAACUAUGAUGUGUUGCUUUCCAAUCUUACCUGGAUAAUUGUGUCCUAAUGAAUGGCCGGAGGCUAUUGCUGAUCAUCUUGUUCCAGUCAUUUGUUACUUUGAGCUUGUAAUACGAUGUACAUGUUAUGUGUAUGCAUCCAUAUAUAUAUAUAAGAUUGGAAUCUGCAAUAAUUCAUACA